AUGACAUCAACACCUGAACAACAGUUUGCGGAACUCGCCAAGGUCGAAGGCCAUGUAGAUGAGGCUACCAUCGCAGCUGUCUACGAUCAGUUGAAACCUGUGAAGCCAGAAUUUCUUGUCGGGCAAUGGGAAGGGGGAAGUUUCGACACUGGACACCCCACUCACCUACAACUUCGCAACUUCAAGUGGGCGGGUAAAGACUUCCGAACCGUCGAUGAUGUGGACCCGAUCAUGCGGUACGAAGAAGACGGCAAACGAACAUGGUUUUCUGACUACGGCCAUGCGCGAGUCCGGGAAGUUAAAUUUCGGGGUGUUGUGACCGCUGCAAUGGUUUAUGACAAGUUCCCCAUCAUUGACGCGUUCCGAUACGUUGAUGAAAACACGGUCGUCGGUGCUAUGGACAACAAGGAUAUUCAAUCUGGGACAUAUUACUUUUAUCUGAGAAGAAGAACACAGAGCAAGGCCUAG